AUGCAGUUCUCUAAGCUCUUCUUGGCCACCAUCGCCGCUGUCCCAGCAGUCCUGGCUGCUCCCGUCGCGAGCACAUCUAUGAUGGCUGCUAGCUCUACAUGGACCAUCGACAGCAUGAAGCGCGUCUGUAACGCAGCCGACACCUCUUGUACCUGGACCUUCGGUAUCGACACCGGUUCCGGCACAGCUACCUCCUGCAAAUUCGUCGUGAAGGGCACCACCGCCUCAGAGCUUAACGGUGGCCCCGCUACCUGUGGUGACUUCACUGUCACCUCUGGCUGGAGUGGACAGUUCGGUCCUGGCAACGGCUUUACUACUCUCGCUGUUGUCGACAACGUGAGCCGCCAGAUUGUCUACCCUGCCUACACCGAUGUCCAGCUUGACACCGGUAAGGUUGUUACGCCUGACCAGAGCUACACCCCUGCCAACCUCCCCUAA